AUGCUAAGAAUAUUUGGUAAAUAUAGAUUCUCAAAUCAAAAUUUUAUUAAUUACUUGGAGUUCGAAAUAAAAAAGUAAUUCUACAUUCUGGCCAAACAGCACCAUCCUGAUUCUCACAAUGCAAAGGAGAGUGACCAAGAAUUGUUUAAAACAAUCGUAGCAGCAUAUAAUACAUUAACAGAUGAGAACGAGAGAAAGAAAUAAAAUAGGAUUUUGAACAAAUAACAACAAUAACCAUAGAGGAAACAGUAGAAUUAAGAAACUAGAACCCAAUAACCUCAACAAUAGAGACAGUAUCAAUAGAGAUCUAUUAAUCCAGAUGCUUAGUUUUACUAUGAUUUUCGAAUGAAGACUUAGGACUUCGAGGAGAAGGACUUUCAUAGACAAAGACACAAAUUUAUUUGA